AUUUCAAUUUACCUUUAUUCAAGUGUGAGUCACAUUCAGACUGGUUUACAAGAGUCAGUCUUUCUCAAUGUUCAUGUCCCAACAGUAUAAAAUUUCAUUUGUAUUUGGUGUUUCAACUUUCUGCAAACUUAAAAAUUAGUCUAAAAUUGUGAAACAUUGUGUAAUAUUUUUAACCGAAUUUGCUAAUUUUACUUUGCUAUUAAUUCUGCAAAAAUUGCAAAACUUCAAAGGGAGGAACCACGUGCAGAAACAGGCAGGUUCAAAUCAGACUGAAUCCCUGAAACUUAACCCAUAUGUAUGUAAAAUGGUUGUUGGGUUAUGAUUAUUUUCAUAUAUGUAGAUAUGCUAAACAAAAACGAAAACAUUCAUGGCCCAUUUUUGAUAAAUGUUUUCCAAACAUGCCCGUCAUCAGCGAGUUCAACAAACGAAGGGCUUCAAUGGGAUGCCAAGCUUUGUUUAAAUUCGACACACUUAUGUUCCCUGCAUCCACCAGAGGAACCGAUGUGUAUAAAUGACGCUACUACACAUGGGUAUGGCCUACUGGUCUUGUUAAUCAUUUUGUUAUGCAGUAUUAUGCUAACGAUGAAGAAAAAAAUGAAAACAAGGAACCUAAAAACUCAAAAAUUUCAAUUCCUCUCAAUUGAAUUAUGUUACUAUUUCGGUUUUAAAUACUUCUCGCUUACAUUUAACAACCACCAUUCACAAGCAAAGUACAACUCGGUAGUCUCAUACAAAAAUUGUGAAAAUAUGAAUAAAUGUUUCCAAGUCUGCAGGAUUCAACACAAUCGUACGAUGGAAGAGUUAAGAUAUCGACAGCAAACCGAAUUGAGAGAGGCUGAGACGAAGAAUAAGAAGAGAUUAGAAAUUGCGGUAUCCAAAUUGCGAAAGCGUGACGAGGAAAGGCGCAAAGAGAGAGAAAUGAUUUAUGAAGAGGUUGAUCAGAUGGACUGAGGGGGUAAAUUUGUAAUACAUCCAAAAAUUUUGUAUCUUGUACUUGGUGCAUGUGCUAACUUAGACUGUACUAGAACUGUGUUAUUAUACAUAAACAAAAGCACAUUAGAAUAAAUUAUAUUAUUUUAUCAACUUUUAAAACCCAAUGAUACUAAGGGUUAGGCAAGAUUA